AUCUACACUUUCGCGUCGUCAGUAAAACGUUUUCCUUGCAAGUUUAACAAUAGAAUUAAACAAGAGGAUGUAUACUUAAACAGCCAAUCAGACAUUUAUGUUGCAUAUGGUUAUCGAUAAUUGUUUGAAAUAGUGCACAAUAUUUUUUAAGUCGAACGAAGGAUCGGAUCGAUAGCUUCUAAUUGCUUUCAAUAUUAUAUACAUAACAUAUAUGCGUGCGUCGGUAAUUGUGAAUUAAGUACAGUUCUAAUAAAACUUUUAUUAAUAUCGUAGCAAGACCACACUCUUAAUCAUGGAAAAACAGUGUGGCAAAAGCAUUUUUUCCGGAACUUUUACCCAACUUCUAGCUUCAGUUAGUGGUUCUUUGUUUGCGAUAUCAGAUGGUAUGACUUAUGGGUGGACUGCUCCUAUGCUACCAUAUCUAGUCAGUGAGGAAAGUCAUAUCAAAACAACGAAAGAGGAAGUAGAAUGGCUGGAAACUAUCCUUAUGGUCGGAUCUUUUUGUGGACUGCCAACAACUAUAUACUUGGUGGAUAAAAUAGGAAGAAGAAAAUCAUUACUCCUUGCUGCUUUGGCUUCUUUGGUCGGUUGGAUAAUAAUAGGAAUAGCAAAUAAUAUGAUAUAUUUAUAUGUCGUCAGAUUCAUGUUCGGUAUGAUUGGAAACAUGUCUUUCGUCAGCAUGCCGAUGUAUAUUGCUGAAAUAGCAGAAAGUAAAAUUAGAGGUUUCCUUGCUUCGAUAGUUUACCUGCAGAUGUUAGUAGGAUUUGUCAUAGUAUAUAGUGUUGGACCUUAUUUGCCAUUCUUCACAACUCCAGUAGUAGGAGCGGUGGUACUUAUUUUUGAACUAUUGAUAUUUUGGUGGAUGCCGGAGAGUCCUUAUUAUUUGUUAUUUAAAAACAAACCUGAUGAAGCAAGAACAUCUUUACAAUAUUUCCGACCGGGAAAAGAUGUUGAAAUAGAAUUGAAAGAAAUUACGAGAGCGAUAGAAAGACAAAAAUCAGAAAAAGGAAGAAUUCAGGAUAUCAUUUUAGUAAAAAGUAACAGAAAAGCUAUUUUAAUAAUGACUGUUUUGAACGGAGGGCAGCACAUUGUUGCUAUCAGUGUAAUAUUGAUGAAUCUACAUGUAAUACUCAAUUCAGCUGGAUCUAUAUACAUGGAUUCGGCGCAUGCUGGUAUUGUAUUUUCCGUUAUAAUGCUUAUAUCUGCUAAAGUGGCAUCUUUCCAAGUUGACAAAUAUGGAAGAAAAGCUCUGUUGUUGGUUUCAACAGUACUAACAGGUUUUUGUCUGCUUUCUAUUGCUAUCUACUUCAAUUUAAAGUUGACAUAUUAUGAUGUUAGGAGCGUAAGUUGGAUUCCUAUUGUUUCAGUAAUGAUCUAUGCUUGUACUUUUAAGCUGGGAUUAGGAAUAGUGCCCAUUGUGAUAACUGCGGAAAUUUUUCCUGCCAAAAUGAAGGCUAUGGGAAUGACUAUUGCUGACGCUAUGUACGUCAUAGGAGCUAUAAUUAGCGUUCAAUUAUACAUUUGGUUGGAAUCGGCAUAUGGGAUGCACGUACCAUUUUACGUUUUUAGUAUAGGAAGUUUUUCAAUAGCUAUAUUUAUCGUAUAUUAUGUGCCCGAAACUAAAGGUAAAACUUUAGAGGAAAUACAACUUCUUCUAAAAGGAGAAAAAUAUGUUCCUUCUCAUAAAAGUGAUCCUUUACUUACGGCCGAUAUAUAAGCGUUUAGUGAAAAUUGUAAGUUUAUUUAUAUAUAAUUCCAUAAAAGUUCGUUUAUUAUUUGUAAAACACAUUAUUUAUUAAAAUAAUAUUGAAACUCA